AGUCGUAUUCAUCUACCAGCUAUCAACAAAAAGUUAUACGUAAAUUUUUGGUUUAUCUUUGUAAAUUGAAUAUUUUUUAAACGAAAAAAUGGAAUCGUCUUACAUCAUUGCCAUGCUUAUUUCGAUAUUUUGUCAUUGCAUUGGCCUCUUCUACAAUCCUAUCGAAGCCAGCACAGAAUCAACAGUGUUUUUGAUCAUCGCCAUUAUAUUUCUGCAUAAAUUGAAGACGGUCUUUAGACCAAAUUUGACUUAUUCUCAAGGCGGUCCAUUCCUUGAGGUGGCGGUUCUUUGCCUGGCGAUGCAAGUGCUCCUAGUCGCCAUGUGGUUUCCCGUCUAUCAAACUCUGCAAUUCUUGGUGAACUUCAUUUGUGGUUAUCUGCAAGGUCUUUUGAGCGAUGAUCUCGCUUGGUUAAUGGAAAAAAUCAAUCAAUCGGCCGUGACAGUUGUUCUCCUGGCCAUGGAAUUUGCUGUGCUCCUCACUACCUUCCAGAUCAACGAUUUGCAACGAUUUUUCGGCUGCAAAGAAGACUGUCUCUCGGAGAGUGUCCUUUCUCUUGUGGAUAGGCAGGAGAUGUUAGCUCUACGCAGGGAGAAAAGACUCUUGCAGAAGGAGGGGUACUUUAAGCCUGCACGGAAAUAACAAGGAACAUUCUUUCUUAAUUUAAUCAAAUUUAUAAUCUACGCCAAAUGUA